AUGGCUGCCAAACGAGCUGUACUCACCGACAAGGCGCCCGCGCCACUGCCAGUGCUCUCACAGGCCAUCAUCCACAAUGGCAUCGUGUACUGCUCCGGCCAGGUUGGCACUGAUCCAGUUACCCGCGAACUGGUCGAGGGGACAGUCAAGGACCGCACUGCACAGAUCUUCCGCAACAUCACUGCGGUGCUAGAGGCUGCAGGAUCUAGCCUUGAGAAGCUGCUCAAGGUCAAUGUAUUCCUUGCCAACAUGGACGACUUUGCAGCCGUCAACGAGGUCUACGCUCAGUAUCUUAGCUUCGAGCCCAAGCCGGUACGACACUGCAUAUCCUCCUGCACUUCCGCUCACCCACUGCUGCUUAUUGGCGGGCGUUAA